UAUUACAACCGUUUUAGUUGGAUCAUGUCUGGUAUUGUGCUGUACGGAUUGGACAUUAGUCCACCAGUGAGAUCCUGCCAGCUGACCUUGCGAGCCCUGCAACUGGAGUAUGAGUUCAAGGAGGUCGAUCUCCUGGCAGGCGAGCAUCGCACAGAGGAGUUUCUCAAGAAGAAUCCCCAACACACCAUCCCUUUGCUGGACGACAAUGGUGUUCUGGUGUGGGACUCACAUGCCAUCGUAUGCUACCUGGUGGGCAAGUAUGGCCAGACGGAUGAGUUGUAUCCCAAGGAUCUGGUGAAGCGGGCACAGGUGGAUCAGCGCCUCUACUUCGAUGCCAGUGCCCUGUUCAUGGCCCUGCGAAACAUCUGUGCUCCGUACUUUUGCAAUAAUGUCACGGAGAUUUCGCGUGAGAAGGCCGACAAUGUGAGGGAUGGCUAUGGCCACUUGGAGACCUUCCUGGGCGAGAAUCCCUACCUAACCGGGGACACUCUCACCGUUGCGGAUUUCUGCUGUGCUGCCACGGCCUCAUCUCUGCCAGCUUUUCUGCCCCUGGAGGCGGAGAAGUAUCCGAAGGUGGCCGCCUGGUUGGAGCGCCUCAAGGAGUUGCCCUACUACGAGGAAGCCAACGGGUUGGGGGCCAGGAAGUACGUGGACUUGCUGAAGGACCAGCUGACCCUUCUGUAAGCAGCCUUUCCCACAAUUACCGAGUGCGUUGCUGCAUCAAUUUUUAAUGCUCUGCUAAUUAAAGAAAGUUGUUGACAAACGUUUGCCACCGUCCACACUCGAAGAAAAAAUGUGUGUAUAAACAAAAUAUAAUAAAAGACUAUGAAGUAUAUUAAAAUAUAAA